AGGAGAUCCGCCGCCUCGUCUUCUCGCCAAGGUUCAAGGUUGGAUAUUUAAACAUGAGGUGGCAACACGUUCUUCUUCUGGUGGUCUACUUGGAUCCCCUUGUCCUUUAUCAAUGCCAAGCGCGGCGAAGGCGAAAGGCAACAAAACGCAAGGUCCCGCCCAAAAAGCAAAACGCCCCCAAAGUGAAGGAACUCAACACGACGGCCCUCCCCCUACCGGUCACCACCAGGAAGGUGAAGACCCCUCCCCUGCCAUAUGACAGAUGUUUAGGCUACUAUGACGUCAGUGGGCAGUGGGACAAAGAGUUUGACUGUAACCACACCACCCACCCGUACUGCUGCGGGACGUGUUCUUUACGGUACUGCUGUGAACAGCGAGGCAAAAGGCUGGACCAGAUCGCUUGCAAGAAGUGGAUCUGGGUUGUGACCACCAGACCCAACAACGUUAUGGUGGAGGUGGACGCUUAUGACCCGCCUCUCAACGACAAAACCAACACCACUGUCUACAUCACCUGUGGGAUUAUCACCGUCAUCUUUAUCGUGGGAGUUGUUGCUAAAGUGGCCUAUGACAAAGCGAGACACCCACCUCGGGAAAUGAACAUACACAGGGCCCUUGCGGACAUUUUGAUACAACAGGGGCCGAUCCCCAUCCCCCACUGUGAGCGAGAGACCAUCCCUGCUGUGGAUAACUCUCCCAAGGAGAACACGCCGGUCCGGACCUCCAAGAACCAGUACACGCCCGUGCGGACCGCCAAGACCGGAGGAACAGCCUCACGCCGUUUCUCAGAUGUCCCAACGAAUGUGGAGCCACACGCCAAAAUGAACACCAUAGGACAUUACGGAAAAGACAUCUACCGGAGCGGAGGGCCCGACCUGCAUAACUUCAUCUCCUCCGGCUUUGUGACCCUGGGGCGAGGACAUCUUAAAGCGGGAGCCUCAGGAUUUACUCACUGGAGUCCCGACGUCAUCCGAAGCUGCAGACCCGAGAAGCGCAAGAUUCAAGAAGGGACGGGAGAACAUCAACAAAAUUACAACGCGCUCGUCCUCAACAACACGGCGCAGACGCCCACAAACGAAAAGCCUCGUAUGAACAACAUCCUCACCUCCGCCACCGAGCCGUACGAUCUUUCCUUCUCCCGAUCCUUCCAGAACCUCUCCCACCUGCCGCCAUCCUACGAGUCGGCCAUGAAGACCAAUCCAAGUAAAUAUUCUUCUCUCAAGAAAUUAAAUGAGAAGGAGGCUGAUGAAUAUUACAUGAGAAGACGUCAUCUCCCGGACCUGGCCGCGCGGGGGACGCUUCCGCUCAACGUCAUCAAAAUGACUCAGGACCAGCCGAAUUACCGGGAGCGGCCCAGGAGGCCCGUGCGCGCCAUGUCUCAGGACAGAGUCUUGUCCCCGGAGAAGAACAUGCCCGAGGAAGGCGGCUACGGGCUGCCCUACGACCGAAUCUUGUCCGACGAGCAGCUUUUGUCUGCGGAACGUCUGCACUCUCAGGACCCCCUGCUCUCCCCGGACAAGGCCAUGACCCUCAAGAGGUCCGAGUUCCAGUCCGAGAAGUCCAUGUCAAGAGCCAUUUCCCAAACCGACGUCUUUGUUUCCACGCCGGUCUUGGAUCGUUAUCGAAUGACAAAGAUGCACUCCCAUCCCAGUGCCUCAAAUAACUUGUAUAACACGUUGGGCGUCAACCAAACUGCCGCCAAGCGCCAAGCCUUUGCUUCGCGGAGGCACAACACGGUCGAGCAGCUGCACUAUAUUCCAGGGCAUCACCAACAGUACCGCACAGCGAGCAAAACAGAAGUGACUGUUUGAUAUCAAAAAAUAAAAUAAAAUAAAUGUGAAUUGUAGAUAUUCGUUUAACAGACUAAAGCAGUCCCAGGACACCACGCUACCGUGGCCUUGUGGGCCAAGAAGACCUCCUCUCUCACGAUGCCCAUUGACCAUUAACCGCCAUUGUAGUCAAGCAGCGUCCUGCUAAAAAGUGAAUUUUAGCCGAUGGUUUUUUGGAAUACCAUCCAACUUUUUGGAAAUUUUUGGUUUUAAGGGGAUGAUAAAAGGGCUUUCCGGUUCUUCAAGAAAGAAAUCCGCUUUGACCAGCAAGACGUCUAAGAAAUAAAAAAAAGUUUUACGGCAACUUGACGUAGAUUUGGACAGCCAGGUAGACCUUCACCGAACGUCACCACCAUGACCAUGGCCAAAGCCUUCACCCUUGUAGCAUGUAGUCUCGGCAUCCCGGUGCUGCAUCCUUCACCCAUCCAUCAUGGUGUCCACCAAACAUCUCCUUGGUGGCGAGCGAGGUCCUGACCGCGUGCGAUUGUGGUGGAGAGAAGAUUUCGAUCUGCAGGAAGGAUUUAUCUCUUAUGGAAUAUUUAUUAGUGCCUAUUACAUUGUUCACUCUUUUAAUAUAAUAAUGUAGGUAUUAGUGGGUGUGUCUCAAUAAGCACAAUACUACUAAUCGAGCCCCAUCCUUCACCCCAUAACGGAAACUCUCCUCCAGGUGUAAAUAGACUCGGUUCCGCCAAAAAAAAACGAGGGAGCGCACUUUUGUUUUAUUAACCGGACAACUUCAAAAGCCAAUAAACCGCACAGACAUCAUCACGGUCCCUCGUCCUACGCCGCGUGGAUAUUUUAUAUACGAAGAACAUCAACCUUUCUAUGAUUUCCACCAUGACUUUUUAUCUUCUACCUUUUUUUUUUUAUGUUAUAAUUAAAUUUUUUACAA